CUGCACUCUGGUAGGGUAUAAACUCUCCCUAUAUUUACACUAAUUGUUCCUCUGUCUUAAAUCUCAACUGUAGAAAUGGUGUUCAUCUCCCUCACCGGCGCCUUUUUCGCGAUCGCCUUCGUCGCAGCUAGGGAAGUGGUUGAGGUACAUGAGCUCGCUGUAAUGCUGAUACGACAGGAGCCCGGAACUCCAGCCUACAAUUGCCACGAUAACUGCGGACAAGCGAUCACGCUCUCCAAAGCCAAUGCUAAUGUUUGCGAGAACGAAGCAUUCCUCAGUGACUACAAAAACUGUCUCCAAUGCUCUGGCCCUGACAAUGAGGACAUAUGGAAAAUGUAUGGAAACACCUUGAGUAAAGUUGGAGCGAGUUGUGAUCUUUCUACAACUCCCCUCUCCGGGAAGCAGCCCGAUGUCGGACCGGCGAUAGCAGCUAGCAGUCAAAGUAGCUCUGGAGCUGCCCCAUCAGCCACAUCUUCAAUUGCUAUAACGACCGGGACGAAAGCACUUGCCUCGAGCACCAUAGGCAGCUCGAGCACUCAAGCUCCAAACGGAACAUUUGCGGCAACACCGACAACUACCUCUAUUAUUCAACAAUCCACAAACGGCGCCUCCAAUAUGGCUUUCGCAAACCCCGCUGGUCUUUUUGGAUGGGUAGUGAUGGAGCUCAUGUAUGGCCUUGGGAACUGAUGAGUAGAGCUUAUAAAAGCCGUCCCACUCGUGUCGAGCCGUGCAGGCUCAGCCGCUUCGCUUAAUGCUCAAAAUGUUAUAUAGUGAAGUGUUUAAUGUGCACACGUGGUUUGCGUAUUAGCGGGCGUUAUCUAACCUCGUCGAUGCGCUACUUCUUCUAUGUUGCGCAGGAAUACAUGAACACUUCUCAUUCACGGAGUUCUCGCAGAAACAGGCA